AUGGACAAGCACGCCGAUAGGCAGUUCAAUGGGAACCAAGCAGGUCAAGCAGGAGUAAGCAGACAAGGAGAUGGACAACAACGGGAUCAGCUUGCCGACAUGUUGGGCCCACAACUUGCCAUCCACGCUCGCCUAGGGCCGCAGAGAAAUAUUCACGAAAGGCUAGGCCCCCAGGGCGGUCAACCUGGUAACCCGCACAAUGAGGACCGUGAAGAAAGGCACUCCACUGACCGCUCUCGAAGAACCAAUUCUCAUCGCCAAGUUACAGAAAAUCCCUCGCAAGCACAGUCCACCAACAUGCCGCCUAGGCAGCGCAGCCAAGAAGGUCGACCCUUGCAAACCAACAAGGAAGUUAAUCAGCUUCACCCAAAUCAUUGGCGAAAAUUUCGAGACUACAUCAAGAGGUUCAAAGCGGAGAGGGCAAACAUUGUAGGAUGUGAUGACCAAAUUGCGUCAUCCGCCUUCAAGAGGGGUUGCCAACUGAAUGACGACAACCGGAUCGCCACGAAGAAGGCUGAUCAAGUAGCUGAGCAGGCAAGCCAAGAGAACGGCAAGCGCAGAUCACAGCCUCAAGAAGGUGUUCCAGCAACGGAGAGCUACACCAAGUUCACUAUCUCGAUACACCAGAUCCUGGCCCAAGUAAAUGACAUGCCUUGGUUGAAGAAACCAUCGCCUUUAAAGGGAAACCCAACCAAGAAGGAUACUAGUAGAUACUGCACAUUCCAUGAAGGGCACGGUCAUUACACAAACGACUGCUUCGCCUGGAAAAGGCACCUCGAAGUUCUAGUCAGAGACGGCCAUUGCACGAAAUUCAUCGCAAGGAGGGCUAUCCAGCAAAUCAAAGAUUAUGACGCAGCUAACGAUGAACCUCCAUGA